AUGGUGGCUAAGGACAACGUGAUCGGUGGUGAACAGGUAUCCCCUUUGGUGGCAAAGAUUAGGCUGCAAUUAAACUGUGAUGGUGGUGAUGGUGAUCUUCCUCCUAUACUUGAUUGCAACGGCAAUGGGACAGGCUAUGGCGGCAAUGGGACAGGCUAUGGCGGCAAUGGUGAGGGUGGUCCUGCUGAGGGCAGCGGCUGUUUGGUCGCUAGGUAUGCCAGGAGAAUUCCAAAGAAAUUUGUCAUGAAAUAUGGAGAAGAUGUAUCAAAUUCAGCUUUUCUUAAGCUUCCAAGCGGUUCUGAGUGGGAAGUGGAAUUGACAAGGUGCAACGGUAAGGUUUGGUUUGAAAGGGGCUGGCCAGAGUUCUCUAAGUUCUGCUCUUUAGACUACGGUGACUUCCUAGUUUUUCGAUAUGAAGGGAAUUCUAUAUUCCAAGUUUGCAUAUUCGAUAGAACUGCCACAGAAAUUGAUUAUCCCAUAACAAUGCCCGAUAUGGAAAAGACGGAUCAUGAAGAUGAAGAAGAUGAUAAUAUAUCUAUUGAAAUCUCGGAGGAUUCUCCACCCCACCCGAAAACAAGGGAGAAAUCUCCAUUACCAUGCCCUCCAUCAUUCAAAAAAAUGAGAACAAGUUGGAGUGGUAAAGCAGCCGACACGAUGUUUGGAAAUGAUGGCGGAGGCUCGUCUAGUGCACGAAGAUACCAGAAGGGAACAGUUGAGGCUAUUGGGGAGAUGCAUUCACUGAAUAAAAGUGAAAAAGCUCAAGCUCUAUGGAGAGUUGAUGCUUUCAUAUCUGAAAACCCUCACUUCAAGGUCGUAUUGCAGCCUUCAUAUGUGCAACAAAGUUAUUUGGGUUUUCCAGUGAAGUUUUUCAAGAGAAAUGUAAUUAAAGACGCUGAUAAUGUCACCCUUCGGGUUUCAAAUGGAAAAACUUGGUCCGUCAAGUUCAAAUAUGAAAAAUCAAGGGCCAGACUCCAGCAUGGUUGGCUUGCAUUUGUAAAGGACAAUUGUUUGAAAGUGGGUGAUGUGUGUGUCUUUGCCUUGAUUAAGGACAUUAAGCUUUUAUUUCAAGUCGAAUUUUUUCGAGCUACAAGUUUCCCCUUGCUACCAGUGGCAGGGCAUGGUAGAGGUGUAAUUGAACAAGUUGAACAUAGUAGAAGCUCAAUAAUUAAAGUGGAAUCGGAUUGCAGCAUGAAUUGUGAUAUGACCUCUAUUAGUCCUUCUCCUCAUGAAAUUGGCAAGAACAAAAGGUCAAAAACUAGUGGGAAGGUUGCUCAAAGGCGUUGCUCAUCUUUAAGGGUUCCAAGGGUUAAUCUUGAAGCUGCCAACAAGUUCAUUCCAAACAAUCCCUUCUUCAAAGUCUCUCUUGGGGCUUGUCAUAUGGAGAAGUCAAAUGUGAGUGUACCAACUAGUUUUAUCAGGCAGUUCAUAAAGCGACUGGAGAAACAAACAGUGAUGCUUCAGGUUAAAAAUAGAUUGUGGCCUGUGAAUUUGAUUCCUUAUGCUUAUAGUAAUCAACGACUAUCAACCAAACUUUGUGGCGGUUGGAUUGCAUUUGCCAGGGAACAUGAUUUGAAAGGAGGUGAUGUUUGUGUAUUUGAGCUUAUGGAGAUGAAAGCCAAUAUUGUACUGAAAGUUCACAUUUUUAGAUGUGAUUAG